AUGCCAGACCCUACUCUUCUUAAGGCUGCCGGCUAUGGCUCCUUGAUUGUAUCCCUGAUGCACGCGGCCUCUGGAAGGAGGUUCCAGCGGAUUCGUGAAUUCCAGAACCUCCCAAGCGUCGCGUACACAUUUAGCAUGAGUGGAUGGUAUCAGGGCAGUGGCUACCUGAUCCUGGCUGGCCUGCUAAAUUUCCAGUGGGCGCAAAAUCCAGGUCUGUUAAAUCAGCCACUUGGCCGUGCUAUAGCUGCUUUACUCUCGGCCAUUGCUUGGGCAAGCUCUGGCUGGUACUUGUGGAGGGGCCUUAUAAGUAAUGGGGUGAUUAUAGCGGCUGCUGGUUUGUUUCAAGCAUGGGCGGCACUGCGGUAG